AUGCCGAUAUUGAGGGACUCGAAGAUCUGCCAAGGGCAAAGAAAGGCGGCCGCCGAGAAGGAGAAUUCCAGUGCAGCUUGGCUCAUAGUACAUGCGCAGACCGCAUCUGCACGCGUAAUUCGAUGCAAGUUUCAGGACACUAGGACUAGGAGUAAGGCUGUCCUUGCCACCACCACCACCAAGGAAAGGGAUAGACCACUGCUUGCGAACUGGGAACGGAGCGGCGGUGCAAUACAGACACCUUGUGCUUGGAAAGGAAGGCUGAUAGUUCAGCUGGACAGCCAGGAGACGGUGGCACAUCAGACCGCCCUCAUCAUCCCUGUUCCUCGACUCCGCGAUGUUUGUCUUGCCUUGGAAUUGAAGAAAGGAGUGAGAGGGAAUGAAGGCCAGCAGGUUCACGGAGCUCGCACGGCCCUGAUCGGCAUCGGAACGCCGGAUAGGAGAUAUAACAGCUCUUUAUUACUGACUCAAGUGACGAACGAGCAGAGAUGGUUUGCCGGUCCCCCCGGCAAGGCUAUAUAG